AUGAUUCAAUCACAAAAUUUGUCCGACAGACUUGCGUCCGGCAUACUUGCGGCGAAUCCCGACAUUACGAUCAAAGUCCGAUCAGAUCCUGUCAAUUCCAAUGAUGUUGACAUCAAGCAAAUCGCCAAUGAUCAAGACGCUCUACAAACGGCCGACAAAUUUGAGGCACAGCGAAUCGCCAAGCAAGAGUCGCGGCGUAGAGAGGACUACAAUAAACUGGUUCCUAAAUUGUCUGAGUGGUGGUCAAAGAAGUUGUACUGUGGUGAAGCAGUCAAUCAAGCGAUGCAAAGAAUGGAUUGCAUUCAAACAGGCAACGCCUUAUUUGCAGCCUGGGAUGAUCGAUAUCCAGGCGCUUGGAAUCAACCUUGUUUGCAAUUUGAUGCCCUGUUCAACACCUAUGCAGGCAGAUCAACAUGCAACGAUCAAUUUCUUCAGAUUUUUACUUAUCUCAACUCUGACAAUGCCCAACUGGCUCAGUAUCUCAUCUCCUCUUUUGAUCUCUACACAAUCGAGGAUAAAGCAGCCAAAGACGUCUGGUCACUGCGAAACAACAAUCAAUUCUUUGACGGGGACAAGUCGGAUCCUCGCCUUCAUCUGGAAAAUCCGUUUGUUGGCUUUUGGUUGAUUUGUUCUGAAAUGUUUGAUUAUCCAUGGGCAACAACCUUUGACGACGACUAUUAUAACAAGCCGCCUUUGUCAAUCAUCCGUGGCAUCAAACAAAAACGUUUGGCACCUUUUCAGUCCUUUUUCCGACCAGAAAGUUUGACCCAUCACAUUCAACAUGCAAUUCAGAAGAUCAGUGAUCCAAUGAAUGACAAUUUGGACAAUGCGGUAGGCCAGUCUCAUUUGAACAAAACAAAUUUAGUGGAUCAAAGGAAGCGCCAUCGUAAUCUGACCGACAAUAGAUAUGAUGCACUGGUGGAUGAUGACGGAUCGAUGGAAAAUGCUGAUAAUGCCAAGGCUGCGGACGACGAUGCCACUACUAUUGAUGGCAAUGCCUACCAACAACCAAAUCAGGACGAUGAUGACAAUGAAAUACUAGUGAUGGAGGUCCGAAACAAUCCAAGACGCCCACCACUUUCUUCAGAUGAUGAGGACAACGGAGAUGAUGAUGAUGAUAAUGAGGAUGAUGAUGCAGUGAGCAACGCUGGGGUGGUUCAGUCAGAAUAUUUAGAAGCACUGGUGAGGUCAGAAGACGACAACAUGGCGGUUGACAGCUUGAUAGCUCUUCAUUGA